UCACAAAGUAAGAAACCAUUUGCUGCCAUUGUUGGUGGUUCAAAGCUCUCUACAAUGAGGAAAACUAUUGAAGCUUUGUUGGAUAAGGUCGAUAUCCUCCUUUUAGGCGGAACAAUGGUCUUCACAUUUUGGAAGGCCCAAGGCUGCCGUAUCGGGUCAUCCUUCGUAGAGGAGUCCAUGUUCGGCCCUGCAAAGGCAAUCCUUAGAUGGCUAAGGAGAAGAAAGUGCAUCUUGUGAUCCCAUUGGACUUUUUGGUUAGGCGAAUAGGUCCUCCUCACGAUGUCCAGAAUGCAACAAUAGCUCGUAUCCCAAAUGGUUGGAGAGGGGUGGACAUCGGUCCCACUUCUAUCAAUAUGUUCACUUCGACUUUCAAUGAUGCGAAGACUGUUAUAUGGAUUGGGUCCAUUGGAGCAUAUGCUACGGACGGAUGGCCUAGUGGGACAGAGAAAAUUGCUGAAUGUUUGGCUGAUCUUACUGGUAAGGGAGUGACUACGAUUGUAGCUGGUGGUGGGUCGAGGGGAUAUUUGAAGAGCCAAGGUUUGGCCGAUAGAAUUUCCCAUAUCUCAAUGGGAGGUCCUAUUCUUCCUCUUUUAGAAGGCAGGUUGCUACCAGGAGUUGUGGCUUUAGACGAUUAUACCGGAGCUUCAGAUGGCAUCGACAAUGAUAACAAUGAUGUCGAAGAUGAUAGUGAUAAUGACAAAGGUGAAGAUUCUUCAGGCAAGCAGAGCAAGAAGAGAUCUGCUGAGACUUCUGCAUCCAAAACCCCUGCUGACAAGAAGGCUCAUUUGAGUAUGCCCCAGCAAUCUGGUGCCGAUGGAAGCAAGGGUCAUGAGGGCCAUGUAGCAACUCCUCAUCCUGCACAGAAGGCGGCUGCUGUGCCCAUUUCAGAUCCAUCUAAGAUGCUUCCAUAAUUCCUUACCUGUAACCAAUGGCAGAAACCAUUUCAAGCACCAACAUUACCAUUGCAGCAGCUCAAGCCUGCUCCUGUCAUCUCAACAGAGCCUCAACCACAAGUAUAAACAUGUCUAACAAUGGACAUGCGAAACACAGCAAUGAUGGUCCAUGGUACUGCUAAACCACAGAGAAGCACCAGAAUAACUUGUAUAUCUAGUAAUCACUUGAUUAAGCGUAGAAAUAGAUGUUGUGCUAGUAGACCAACGAUGAAUUUAGAAACAAAAGCAUAACCAUAAAAAAUGUACAAACAAAAGUAUUCUCAAGAAAAGAGUUGUAUUCUUUUUGAAAUAGACGAUGAA